CCUGUAACUGCAGUCACAUCCGGGUUCUUUCGUAAGUCGAUUUCCUUUGCGCAAGAUCGGAAGCAAAUUCCACUUCCUUUUAGAACCGGUGUAAUGGCGACUGGAACAUUGUACACUUACCCAGGCAAUUUCAGGGCAUUCAAAGCCCUGAUUGCUGCAGAAUACAGUGGAGCCAAAGUGACAGUGGAUACAACAUUCAAGUUUGGAGAAACAAACAAAUCAAAGGCAUUCCUGGAUAAAUUUCCAUUGGGAAAGGUUCCUGCUUUUGAGUCAAAGAAUGGUGACUGCAUUUUUGAGAGCAACGCUAUUGCUCACUAUGUCGGCAAUGAACAGUUGCUAGGCAAGUCCCAUACAGAUGCAGCUCUAGUCCAACAGUGGAUCAACUUUGGAGACAAUGAGAUCCUGCCAGCGUCAUGCACCUGGGUCUUCCCAUGCCUUGGUAUCACACAGUUCAACAAACAGGAAACAGACAAGGCCAAGGAGCAGAUUCAGAAGGCCCUGGGGGUGCUCAACUCAUACCUGACCACACGCACCUUCCUGGUCGGGGAGAGGAUCAGCCAGGCAGACAUCACAGUGGCGUGUGACCUACUCCUAGCCUACCAAUAUGUGCUGGAUCCAGCAUUCCGUGGCAGCUAUGGCAACGUGAACAGGUGGUUUACAACCCUCAUCAACCAGCCCCAGUUCAAGAAGGUCAUCGGUGACUUCAAGCUCUGUGAGAAGAUGGCGCAGUUUGAUGGUAAGAAAUAUGCAGAGUUGCAUGGAGGUGAUAAGAAGAAAAAAGAAGACGGAGGGGACAAGAAAAAAGAGGAAAAGAAGACCCCUCAGAAAAAGGAACAGCCAAAACAGGAGAAGAAAGAGAAGCCAGCGAAGAAGGAUGACAAUGAUGAGGAUGUGGAUGAAGAUGCAGAAAAAGAGGAUACUAAAGACCCCUGGAAGGAUUUGCCAAAAAGCCCCUUUGACUUUGAUGCCUUCAAACGGUGCUACUCCAACGAAGACACUGUGACUAAGGCUCUGCCAUAUUUCUGGGAGAAGUUUGACAAGCCCACCAUGUCCAUCUGGCACUGUAUCUACAACUACCCAGGGGAACUCAAGAAGAUCUUCAUGACAAGCAAUCUAGUGGGAGGUUUCAUUCAGCGUAUUGAAAAGAUGCGCAAGUUCUCGUUUGGCAGCAUGUGUGUGCUAGGAGAGGACGACAAGAACCAGAUCAGUGGUGUGUGGUUCUGGAGAGGCCAGGACCUCGCCUUCCCCCUGCACCCAGAUUGGCAGGUUGAUUACGAGUCCUACACCUGGACCAAGCUGGACCCUGAUGAUCCAAAGGCAAGGAAGAUGGUGAACGAACACUUCGCCUGGGAAGGCGACUUCGAUGUCUGCCCUGGACUGAAAUUUAACCAAGGAAAGAUCUAUAAAUGAAAACUGUUUUAGCUGAGACGGAUUGUAUUGUGUUAUUUAUAAACCCCCAGUUGUGAAGACCAGGACGCAAGAAGCGAGUGCUAUCUAUUUAUUGUUGAAUAGAUGCAAAAAAAAUAAACAAGAAAAACCUG